AUGUUUUACGACGUCGGCCUCGAUGAUGGAGCUACUCAAGCCGACGAGGAUCCCUCGGCAUCUGCUGGUACAACGGAGUGGGUUGCUGCCUUUCUUGCCUUUGCCGCCUACCAAACCUUUUUUGCUGCCAUUGCUUCUCUGUUCGUCUGGUGGGAACCGGUCUCGGGAGGAUCUGGUAUUCCUGAAAUCAAAUGCUUUCUCAACGGCAUUGAUCUUCCGCGCGUCGUACGGGUCAAAACGUUGUUGUGCAAAGUUGUCGGCGUGACCUUUUCCGUCGCUGCCGGAUUGCCCGUCGGGAAAGAAGGUCCCAUGGUCCAUUCCGGUGCCGUCGUCGCCGCCGGUAUUUCGCAAGGCAAGACGCGCUUCUGGGGCGUCGACACGAGUUUUUCCAAAUUCAGUGACUUCCGAAACGAUCGGGAAAAACGUGAUUUCGUCGCCUGCGGCGCUGCCGCUGGGGUUUGUUCGGCUUUUGGUGCCCCCAUUGGUGGUGUUCUAUUUAGUCUGGAAGAAGGAGCGUCGUACUGGAGUACCAAGCUGACUUGGCGGGCUUUUUUCUGUGCCAUGACCACUUUGGCCACGCUUUUUUGGGUCCGCAAUAUGGAUACCUUGUGGCUCUUUUCCUUUGGGGAAUUCAACAUUCUCUCGGGAGAGUCUUCGAACUUUUCGAUUUGGGAACUGGGGUUGUUUGUGAUUGUGGGCUGUUUGGGUGGACUGAUUGGGGCAGUUUUCAAUGCUGCCAAUGAGCAUUUGACCAUUUGGCGCAUGAAACGUAUCAAUCAUUCCAAGUUUCGUAGGUUUCUGGAAGUCAUUGUGGUUAGUCUGAUAGUGUCGGUUGUUUCGUUUUUGAUGCCCCUUCUCUGGGGGCACUGUACCAAGAUUCCUAAAGAUAUGCAAGAAUGGACUAAUCAGGAAAAGAACUUAAUUGAAGAACUCAUCCCCUUCGGUUGCACACCAGGAAAGGAAUACAACGAAGUAGCCAGCUUGAUUUUCACCGAGGCGGAUACCGCGAUUAAGCAACUGUUCCAUUUCCGUGAAGCAGGUGCCGAUGACUCGAGUACAUUUUCGUCCGGUGCCCUCUUUUUAUUUUUUGUCCCCUACAUUCUCACAGCCACCUUAACAUACGGUAUUGCCGUACCAUCAGGGCUUUUUGUCCCUUCGCUUUUGUCGGGGGCUGCAUUUGGACGCUUGUUUGGUCAUCUCUUACACAAGCUAGAUCACACAAACGGAACGUUUGCCGAUUCUGGGACGUAUGCUCUCAUGGGCGCGGCGGCUGUAUUGGGAGGUAUGGCACGAAUGACAAUCUCGUUGACAGUUAUUCUUUUGGAAGCAACCGGUGAUAUGCAGUAUGUGUUGCCCCUCAUGUUGACAUUAAUGGCCGCACGGUUUACGGGCAACGUGUUUAAUGAAGGUCUCUACGACAUUCAUAUUAAGCUCAAGAAAAUCCCGUUUCUGGAACCCGACGUCCCUCCCAUCGCUGAACGCAACGAAAUUGUGGCCGGUCAGGUCAUGUCCACCCAAGUCAAAUGCUUACGCCCCGUCGAGCGCGCUGGUGUCGUUUAUGAUUUGCUUCGAAGCUGUGGUCACGGAAGUUUCCCAAUUGUCGACACUGCUAGCGGUGGUACACUGUACGGAACCGCCAGUCGGUAUAUGUUGUGUACAUUGUUGCAGCGGCGUGCCUUUGGUUCACCGGAUGUCUUGGAGGAUUACGACGGACCUCAGCAGCAUUUGGGACCGAGACGUUUGAGUCCACUCGUGCAAUGGGACACUAUAGAAAGAGCUUAUCCUAGAUAUCCGAAGUUGUCAGACGUUGACAUGAGAGAAGGCGACCGCAAUUGCUGGCUCGACUUGCGGCCGUAUGCUAACACUGCGCCCUACACAGUCAACGAGACGGCUUCUAUUCAACGCACCUAUCGGCUAUUCCGUACUCUGGGACUACGCUUUCUUUGCGUCGUGAACCACAACAAUCAAGUUGUUGGUAUCAUCACACGAAAGGAUCUUCUUCCUGAAGCAUUAACCGAUUCACUGCUACGCGGUCGUCUAUCGCACGAGGAGGCCGACGAGGAUGGACGAGGAAUGCUUUGA